GAGACUGCCAUCAUGGCGGGGAAACCCAAGCUUCACUACUUCAAUGGACGGGGCAGAAUGGAGGCCAUCCGGUGGCUCCUGGCUGCAGCUGGAGUAGAGAAGGGAGUUUGAUGUUCCAGCAAGUGCCCAUGGUUGAAAUUGAUGGGAUGAAGCUGGUGCAGACCAGAGCCGUUCUCAACUACAUUGCCACCAAAUACGACCUCUAUGGGAAAGACAUGAAAGAGAGAGCCCUGAUUGAUAUGUAUGCAGAGGGUGUGGCAGAUCUGGGUGAAAUGAUCAUGCAUUUGCCACUGUGCCCACCUGAUCAGAAAGAUGCCAAGACGAGCCAGAUCAAAGAGAGUAUAACAAACCGUUAUCUUCCUGCAUUUGAAAAAGUGUUGAAGGGUCAUGGACAAGACUAUCUUGUGGGCAACAAGCUGAGCAGGGCUGACAUCCACCUGGUUGAACUUCUCUACUACGUGGAAGAGCUGGACCCCAGCCUUUUGGCCAACUUCCCUCUGCUGAAGGCCCUGAAAACCAGAGUCAGCAAUCUCCCUGCCGUGAAGAAGUUUUUGCAGCCUGGCAGCCAGAGGAAGCCUCCCAUGGAUGAGAAAAAUUUGGAAGAAGCAAAGAAGAUUUUCAGGAUGCAAUAAAGCGGGCGUGGCUGCCCAGAACACAGGGAAAACUUCAGGAGAUUGAAGUUUUCCAACAGUGAAGUGCUUUACCUAUAUGUAGAUCCUGGCUACUGUGAAGCUAAUAAAUAUUCCAAAGUAUAAGGGCUAAUUUAAUUAGAAUGCAGAUUUCGUUGCAGAGCAAUCCAUUUUGUUUUGAUCACAUACGAAAUCAUGAUCUCCUCCUAGAAUGUGCCUGGGACUUAAACAUAAAUAAAGGGAGAGAAAGUGUCAUGGGCUCUGAUCUGUUCAAAAAAUUGUCAUACACCAACUGUCAUAGUCAAAAAGAGUUAAGUAGAAAUUGUCAUCUGGUAUUCUUGGUGACACAAAGAUAGUCUUUUUUGAAUUUUGCUGCCUUUCUGACCCACAACCUAAAAACUUUUCUUCUCUUUUUUUUUCAGAGGACCUUUUUCCUUCAGGUAAUCAAACUUUUUUCCUAUUCAGUUAUGGAACUAAUAUUUAUUUUAUAUCUAAUAUGGAACAUUCUGUGCUCCAGGAGCUCAGUAACUAAGGAUAAAUAAGCCAGAUAUAGUCCCUGUCCUCAAGGAGGUUACACUAGUGAGAAAAACAACAAAAUGGGUAAUUCUAAUCCAGAAUCAUGCUGGCCUUGUGUAUCAUGCUCCUACAGAUGCUGUAACAAAUGACAAGUAUAGUGGUUAACACAAUGGAAAUGUAUUCCCUCACAGUUCUGUAGGCUCUUCGUGUGAAAUCAAGGUGUGACAGGGUCAUACUCUCUCUGAAGGCUUUAGAGACGAUCCUUCCUUGCCUCUU